CUACUCUGGUAGGCGCACUCACAUGUGAGAGUUAAACACUUUGGUUAAACUUCCUAUUUUCUAACAAUGUUAACGCCAAGAUUUGAACUCUCACAAGAUGAUGAGUAUCUUUUUCUUCAAAUUCAUGCUCCGUUUGCGAAGGUUUCAGACACAGAAUUUUUCAUUGAAGACUUAGAAAUUCGAUUCUUUUCGACUCCCUAUUAUUUGCGUCUUCAUCUUCCAAAGCCAGUUAUUGAAGACGGAAGAGCAAGCGUGAAAUACGAUGUUGACAAGGGCAUGUUUACUGCUAAAAUUCCGAAGUUAAACAGUGGUGAAGAUUUUGAAGGGCUGGAUAUGCUUACAAAACUACUUACGCCUCCUGGAGAGACCUCUGCCAAAAGACCUACAAUAGAGGUGCACGGUGAGUCGAAUUGUGAACUUACAAGUGAUGUUACUUCCAGCAGUGAUGUUAAAGACAAUUCUUUACCACAUACUGAAUGUUUGGAAUCUGGGUCUGAUUUUCUCAACGCCGAUCUGGGAUCUAAAGACCAGAGCAUCGAAGUGGAGGAAGAAGAGGAGUUUCAAUGGUAUAUUGAACAAGCCAUUCAUCAAGAAGGAGAGGUUGUUAGUCUAUCUAACUAUGGCUUUGCCAGUCAAAGAUCGGGUGUCUUCACAAAACUGAUGUCAGAAUUUUCAGAAAUUCUGGAUGUUAGAGACCCUGAUAAGUUAACAGCACAAGAAAAAAGAGUUAUGCGACUUGAUCAUGAAACACAUCAUUUCAGUGAGGAUCAUUACUUGGCAGAUUUGUUUGAUAAUGACAGCAUUUCAGACCAGUUGAACUUCAAGCCGUGGUGGAUGGAAUCAGGAACUAAAUGCAGUUUGAGUGAUGAUGAAAAGGACCUGUUGCUAAGGCUACCGAAGAGACACUACAUCAUAGAUAGUGGAAUACUGCCAUCAGUCUACUUUGGCCUGGUUGAUAUCAUUUUUGCAUAUGCGUACAACCAACGUAUGGUAGAAGGAGAGGAUAAUGUGGAAUCGGGCUGGUCUAUAGCCAAGUUAAGUUCUACUUUAUCUUGGCUUGAGAAUUUCACUUCCUUGCAAGAUGUUCUUGUGUCAUGCUAUCGUAGAGCUUUAACAUUUCCUCUGCAUCGUAACUGGGCAUUGUGUGAAAUGGUGCUGAAAGAUGUGAAAGCACUGUUUAUGAGUGGAAAGCUCUUUUUACUGAAGUGCCUGCUUGAUGUUCACAGAUGCAUGAUCAUAAGUGAUCCACGGUACAUAUUCAAUGAUUUGUACAUUACAGACUACUGUGUGUGGAUUCAGUCAGCUGAUGAUAAAAAAAUCCAGUCACUAGCCAAAGCUUUAGCUGAUGUUCAAGUUACUAAAAUUGAUGUAGGGUUUGAACUUGAAGAGUUAGAAGCAGCAGCAGCAGUGGUGCUUGAUAGAGAAAACAUUUGUUUGGAUACUAUCAUUUCCCAAAUGAAUGGGAUGCAGCUGAAUAAUCAGGCUCCUACACUUGAUAGUGAUGAUGAUGGUGGUAGUAGUGAUGAUGAUGAGGAAGAAGAGGAGGAGGAGGAGGAAGAUGAUGGUAGUGACGAUGAUGAUGAUGAUGAGGAGGAGAAUAAAGACAAGGAGGAGAAAGAAGAAAAGGAGAAUAAAGGUACUGAUAGCUGUGAUUGAAAUGAUGAUUAGAGUUUUGAAACAUCUGGUUUAAAAGACCACGCUGCCAAGCUAAAUGUAUCCAUGAACUGUUAAAUUUGAGUAAAUGUUGAUCUGGAUGGUGACAGGUAAUGGCAUAAAGUUCCUGCUUUAACCAGAACACUGCCAUUAUAGAAACUUGUUUUAGUGAGGGAUUUUUCUCAAUAUUUGGUAAAAACUUUAUACAGAUCUUAUACACAGAAAGCAUCACUGUUAGUAGCUCUUAAGUGAUUAAGAAUGUGCAUGCGAGGCAUUUUAUGUACUUCAAGAAAAAUUGGUACAUAGAUGGGUAAUUAGGGGUUUGGGUUAGUGUCAUUAAAUAAAUUGGAUUAGGAUUAAAUUUUAGUGUGCAAGUUAAUUUUUGAAAUAUGCCAUGUGUUUGAUUGGGGUGAACUAGGACAUGUUUUAUGAGAUAUUCUUGGCUAAAGCAAAUGUGUUUAUUUGGUGAGAAGUAGUGACAUGCAGAGAUCAAGGCUGUAUAGCGAUUUUGUAAGACAUUUGACUUUCACUAGUUUUAGAAACCUAGGGUGUUGAAAACUGAGAUGCAACUGUAUAAUUAUAUAUAUAUUGGAUACCCUGCUGGUGAAUAAUGGAACAGUGGCUGGACAUGCAUGGCAACUGAACAUGUUCCUAGAGGUAAUGCUGUAAUGUAGUGAUGAGUGAAGCCUUAGGUUUUGAAUAUAAGACUUAGGGCAAUUUUUUUUUUUUUUACCUUUGUUAGUGCAGUGGGUAUUUGGGGCAGUCUGGUUAACAAUGGUUAACACCUGUCACCAAUAUAGUGAGGAUUGGCUGUUGUUCUUUCUCUGAAUCUGGCAUCUGUUUACAUGUCUGGCUUCUUUGCCGUGAUAUAGUCUUAGUUGCUGGCUCGGUGUAGUUAAGUUUAUUCCUUGUUACUCCUUGAGGACAACAACUCCUUGCCAGUGGAACUGGUUUUGGGCAGUCCCCCUCAGUUGGGCCCAUGUGGUUACGACGUCGAUGUAAAACACCCUAAUUUCUCCCCCUCCAACCAUCCCCAGCAACUUUCUCCCAUGGUCAAAACAACUGCUUGUGGAAUCAACAGGAUAAUACUUGGAAUCGAAAGCAAACUGACUCAUGGGAAAAUGCAGCAAAUGUAUUUUCUUAAUUUAAAUAGCAGUUGCUUCAGAUUUCACAUUUUCAUAAGACUUUAAUGCUUCAAAUAUACUUUAUCAUAUGUCUUGCUGAUUAUUUCUAGUAAUUCUUUCAGAUUACAGUUUUCCACUGGGACCAAUAAAGUUGAUCAUUGUCAUUGUCACAAUAAAGUUGAUCAUUGUCAUUGUCAAUAUGGACAUCAUUCAAACCCAAAGGUGUAAACAAUGCAUUUCAAACUAUGAUCAUUUUGAAAUAAGUUUUAUUAAUUUUACACCAAAUGUACACUGGUGAAAACAAAAAUAUGCACAAAAGGCAAAUGAGUAAUUUAUCAAAUAAAGUAGAAAAAUGUAUUUCUAUCAGUCUCAGCAUUUCUCCCAUAAGCCUCCAGAACUGUGACUUUUGCCAUGCAGUCAGUUUUCAAGAGUGGGUGACAAUGAUGUGCAGAAUUCCUGAAUUAUAGUGUUUUCUAUACAUUUGUUACUUUUAUGUCAUCCACUGCAGCCAGUUGACUUAUGACUGUAGAAAUAAGUGUGAUGGGGUGCACUUUUUGUUCAACAUUCAUGUUU